GUACUGGCGUAAGUGGACGUGGCCGCGCCUUGCCGGGAAGCACCUGAGAAAAACGUUCUUCUGUUAGUUACUUCGGAGCGUUUGCUGUGCUUUUCGCCAUGAGCCGAAACUACAACGAUGAAUUGCAAUAUUUGGAUAAACUGGAUAAGCACUGCUGGCGCAUCAAGAAAGGAUUUGUGCCCAACAUGAACGUGGAGGGUGUGUUUUAUGUGAAUGAUCCAUUGGAGAAGUUGAUGUUUGAAGAAUUAAGAAAUGCAUGCCGAGGUGGAGGUGCUGGUGGCUUUCUUCCAGCCAUGAAACAAAUUGGAAAUGUAGCUGCAUUACCUGGUAUUGUUCAUCGAUCUAUUGGACUUCCUGAUGUUCAUUCAGGGUAUGGCUUUGCUAUUGGCAAUAUGGCAGCCUUUGAUAUGAAUGACCCAGAAGCAGUAGUUUCACCAGGAGGUGUAGGGUUUGACAUUAACUGUGGUGUUAGAUUAUUGCGGACCAACCUUGAUGAGUGUGAUGUCCAGCCAGUGAAGGAGCAGCUUGCACAAUCCAUGUUUGACCACAUUCCUGUAGGGGUGGGAUCCAAGGGUGUCAUCCCCAUGAAUGCCAAGGACCUGGAGGAAGCUUUAGAGAUGGGGGUAGACUGGUCCUUACGAGAGGGCUAUGCCUGGGCUGAGGAUAAAGAACAUUGUGAAGAAUAUGGGAGGAUGUUGCAGGCGGAUCCAAAUAAAGUGUCGGCAAGAGCUAAGAAAAGGGGUUUACCUCAGCUGGGGACUCUGGGAGCAGGAAACCACUAUGCUGAGAUACAAGUUGUGGAUGACAUUUAUAAUGAAUAUGCAGCCCGAAAGAUGGGUAUAGACCAUAAGGGACAAAUAUGUGUGAUGAUCCACAGUGGAAGCAGAGGCCUUGGCCACCAAGUAGCUACAGAUGCCUUAGUAGCUAUGGAAAAAGCAAUGAAACGGGACAAGAUUAUAGUGAAUGACCGCCAGUUGGCAUGUGCUAGGAUAGCUUCUCAGGAGGGCCAAGAUUAUUUGAAAGGGAUGGCAGCAGCUGGAAACUAUGCAUGGGUCAAUCGUUCCUCCAUGACUUUUCUUACUAGACAGGCAUUUGCUAAAGUCUUCAACACCACUCCUGAUGAUCUGGACAUGCAUGUAAUCUACGAUGUGUCUCACAACAUUGCAAAAGUAGAACAGCACGUGGUAGAUGGCAAAGAACGGACCCUGUUGGUGCAUAGGAAAGGAUCAACCAGAGCAUUCCCUCCUCACCACCCUCUUAUAGCUGUCGAUUACCAACUGACCGGCCAGCCAGUGUUGAUUGGUGGAACAAUGGGAACUUGCAGUUACGUCCUUACUGGUACUGAUCAAGGCAUGACUGAAACCUUUGGAACCACCUGCCAUGGAGCAGGCCGUGCAUUGUCCCGUGCCAAAUCACGACGUAACUUGGAUUUCCAGGAUGUGUUGGACAAGUUGGCAGAUAUGGGGAUUGCAAUCCGUGUUGCAUCUCCCAAACUAGUCAUGGAAGAAGCACCUGAAUCUUAUAAGAAUGUGACAGAUGUGGUUAACACCUGCCAUGCAGCUGGUAUCAGCAAGAAAGCGAUUAAACUGAGGCCCAUUGCAGUAAUCAAAGGGUAAAGAAGCCAUUCACAGAAUUUGACAGAACCUCUUCUUACUCAGACUACUCGUUAAUUAUGUUUCCAUUCAGAUGGAAACUCUGACAAACUGUUUGUUAGAACGCUUGGACUUAAAAAAUAUGGUACAAGAAAGGAUAAAUCAAGAUGUGUUGCUGUUUUGAUCUAAUGGCAAGUUGUGUGAGGCUGACAGAGUUUCUUUGAGAGAAAGGAGUGAAACAGUUUUUCAGACGAUUAUUUGAUCCUAAUAAAUGGUCUGUUCUGCCUAUAAUGAGAUUCUGACCAGUGCUAAUUUGCUAGCCACCUUUUUUCAAGAAGAUUGUUUUUGGAGGAGGUUUUCCCCUCUAACUUCAGUCGUUUCUCUCUAAUAAACACGUAGACUCUUGAGUAAUAAUACUGUAUAUAACAUGGCAAACAGGUUUUUGUUUUGACCAAUACAUUAAGACUGACUAAGAUAGUAAUCUGUAGGAUGUAGGAAAAUUUGCAAAUAUUUUUACUGGAGAAGUCCAUGACUCAGCAGUUUCUGUUGCAUCCCCACUACAUGACAGUGAAUACUUUGGGAACAGAUGAUUCCGUGCACAUCACAUGCCAGUAGUAUCCCUGAUCUGAAGCUUUACUUGAACUUUAGUGGAGGAACACUACUACUUUCUUAAAAAGAAACCAGCUUUCCAUUGAAGAUCUAUAUAGCUUUCAGUAAUGCUUUAAGCCAUUCAUGUCUAGAACAGACAUAAUAGCUAUAUUGAUAAAGAGCCAUGGUGGCACAGUGGUUAGAAUGCAGUAUUGCAGGCUAACUGCACACUGCAGGAGUUCAAUUCUCAUCGGCUCGAGGUUGACUUAGUUUUCUAUCCUUCCGAGAGCAGUAAAAUUGCCCCCAGAUUGUUGGGGGCAAUAUGCUGACUCUGUAAACCUCUUAGACAGGGCUGAGAAGCAGUAUAUAAGUCUAAGUGCUAUUGCUGUUGCUAUCCUCCAAGCUGUCAUUAAAAAUACAAAAACAUGGUGUUUUGUUGCAUCUUCUUACUCCCACUGGCUAAACAGAAUGUGUAGAGAGGGUUUACUUCUUAAAAUGGCAAACUAGAAAUCAUAUACAUUUAAAUGGCUGCUUAUUUACACUUUUUUGAAAUUCUCCAAAUCAUUUUCUUCAAGAUCUUCCAGAUCUUGAAACUUUCUAAAUAUUUAAAGCUGCAAGGAAGUAAUUGCAAAAGUUACCUUUCAUUUAAAGACAAAUCAGAUUUAUUUGUAAUAAAACAGAUGUUCUGAAAUUCUGUGAUGCGAUGAUAUUGCUGCUAGUCUGCAGUAUAAGUAAUUUAAUUUGAACUUUACAAAUAAUCUCUAGUUGUUUGGUGCUGCAAUUCUAAAUUCUGUUUGUUUGGACUAAUCUUUGUUGAUUUUACAGAACUCAUCAUGAGUUCUUCUGCUUCAGUGUAAAAUGUGUACAGUGUAUAUCAGAUGCCAUCAGUAGAGGGCAGCUUAAUAAAGAUAAACUGAAAGGAAUGCCACUACUAGAGAAAUUUUGAAAGAAACCCUGGAUAAAGAGUGCAGCCUGGCCUUUAUGUAUUCUUUUGAAAAAGAUUGGUAAAUUGAUACUCACUGAUGUCACCAGUAGUUUGGAAUUAACUUAACAAGCCUAAUAAAAUAAAGCUUAACCCUGGGAUAAAAAGAAACAAAAUAGUUUGUAAAAACUACAUAAAAUCUACCCUUUAGGCUAAUAGCAUGACUUAUGUCUGUUGAAUCUCUGUGUAUCUUUUAUGUUGUUUUGGCACUAUUGCAAACAAGAUCACAUUGUCGUCAUUAAUACAAAAACAGAAAGCUAAAAAACUUGACAUUCUAAUUACUGACAAAAAAAAGCUCUCUCCUACAUUUAUGUGAACUCCUUUUGUUUAUGUGUGCCAUCAGGUAUAUCUAAAGACAAAAUAUUGAUUUAGCCAUCCAGCCUGCUUACCUAAUACUGCAUCAGAAAAGAUGAAUUACAGUAUAUGGCUUACAGUAUAUUAGGGGUAUUUGUACCACUGAAGGAGAACUGAGUAUGAAUAAAGUGUGUUUUGUUAGUGAAUUCA